AGCGCUAUUAAAAACUAACCGUAAAAGUAAAAAGUUCAUUACAUAAUAAUUUUUACAAUGCAAGCUAAAGGCAUGUUUCAAGUCUUCAAACUUUAUGCAAAUAUUAAUAUUUUCAUUAAAAUCGAAAUUGUUUCAUCGAAGUGUAUUUAUCAGGGAUGAUCUUGCAAUUGACAAUUUUACAGGAUUAAAUGACAUGACAUCAAGAUCAGUGAGAAAGAUAUCCAAAUAUUCUAUGCCUUCAAAGGACCGUUCUACAUGUGCGGAUUGCUUGGUGGAGUUUAAAAGCAAAGCUGCCUUAGAUGCUCACACAUGUGUCUUGAAAUAUGACCCUGCUUUGGAAGUGGAAAUUGAUGCAAGAAGUGAUGAUGACAUUAAAGCCGUAGAUGUCAUCCUAACUGACUCGAAUAAAGCUGCUUACAAGUGUCUGAAGUGCAAAAAAGUUUUUAAGACUCUUAGAGGUUGUAAUGUACACAUAAGUCAUUGCCAGCUUGCAGCAAAUUCAAUCUCAGAUACAGAAGGCAGUCCACAAAAGUUGAAAAAACCUGCUAAAAGUACAGUUCGUAAGGUUCAACGCAAAUUGAAAUGCUUAGACCCGUCUACGUCUGAAGACAGUCCACAAAAGUUGACAACAUUUAUUAAAAGAACAGUUCCUAAGGCUCAGCGCAAAAUGAAAAACUUACACCCAUCUACUUCUGACGUAGAAGAUAGUCCACAAAAGUUGUCAACACCUAUUAAAGGUCCAGUUCGUAAGGCUCAACGCAAAAUGAAAUACUUACACCCAUCUACUUCUGAUGCAGAAGACAGUACACAAAAGUUGCCAACACCUAUCAAAAGUUCAGUUCGUAAAGUUCAACGCAAAAUGAAAUGCUUGGACCCAUCUACUUCUGAUUCUGACCAAAAAUGUCCUCCUGCUGAUAGAUCCAGGUUUUUCAAAAGAAAAGACAAACAAUAUGUUUGUUCCAGAUGUCCCCAAAUGUGCACGUCUAUGAAUGAGUAUAGAAAACAUGUGAAAAGUCAUAAAACUGGUUCAUUAACUUCUGCAUUAAUUCAGGAUUUCUCUUCUACAAAUGUCGUAUUGACCACUACAAAAACCAAAGUCGUAGCUGAAAAUAUAAUUUCUAAUGGGCAUGAAUGUCCAAAUUGCCAACAAAAGUUUCGGAAAAUCGGAAGCUAUCGGCGGCACCUUCGCAGUCACCUAAAUAUUCAUUCCUACAAAUGCAAGCACUGCCUGAUCAGCUUUCUGUCAAAACCUCAGCUUGUAGCACACGUUCAACAGAUACAUCGAGGGGAAAAGAUCUAUACGUGUUCCGUCGAAGAUUGCAACAAAAAGUUCUUCCACAGUAUUGGUUUCAGAAAACAUAAAUCUGAACAUAUGAGCACGCCACCUUAUCAGUGCUUCAGAUGCGAUGCCGUGUUUCCUACAGUAGCUAAGCAAAUCAUACACAUCACCAACCACACACUGGCUUGCUCGUUCUGCCGGAAGCCUUUCAGUAAUGAUGAAGAACUGUGGUUGCAUACGACUGCCGAGCACGAAGAAGACAAGGAAUAUGUCGACUUCUUGAGUGAAACUUCAGACUGUGACGAUAAUGACUCUAAUGACGAAUCUAACGCAAACUUUAAUGAAGUAGACGUCGAAUCCGACGCCGAUUCUUUCACGAGUGUUGAAUCGGAUCCAGAAGAGACCCGUUCUAAAAGGGUUUCUAUUUGUUCCCCAAAUAGGGGCCAAACGAAAGGUCAUGUGUGUUUUAUUUGUGAACGGAGAUUUCCUAAGCAAAAAUCGCUAGACCUUCACAUGAAAUCUCAUAAAAUACACUCCUGCAUGGCCUGUCCCAAAUUUUUUGCUGAUCCUUCGGAGCUGAAGGCACAUCAACAAGAACACCUUAAGAACAACAAUUUUUUUUAUUCCAAAGCAUUUAACGAUUUGCAGUUGUCCGUCCAGCAACCGCCUUCUUCUGUUCUCACAGUCGUUCCCGUCGAUACUCAGAGUGCCUCCAACAGCUCGGGUUUCUCAUCCCAAACUUCUACUGAUUUCAUUACGUGGUACUCUGGAUUUAAAGAAACCUCCAAGUUCUUAAAGUAUCCCAUUGGUUUUGAGCUUUACCAAAGCAUUAAUCAAAUCAUUGCUGAUUUGGCGUCCACGCUCUACAACCGUGCUAAUGUUCCACCAGAGUUGAGGAACAGUUACAUUAAAAUUUAUAAUGAGCUGACUGGUAUUAUUGCAAAAAAUGCUGAACAUUUAUUGGCUUAGCCUUCAAAUACAAUAAUUUGCAUUACUAGAUGUAUCUAUUUCUUCAUUAUGUCAUCUGGCGAAAUGUAAAAUGUUGGUUAUUGUGUAUUUUUUUACAUUUAUUUCUAUGCAUCAAUUGUUGUCUUUAUCCUAUUGUACUUUCUCAAUUUUGUUAAUAAGUGUGAAAGUUAAUGUGAAAACUUAAAAAAAAUUUCCAAUUGAGUAUUCAUACUUUUUUU